UUGUCUUUGCCUAUUUGCUGCAUACACGCCCGCACCAUGAACGCGCCCCCCCAUUCAGCCCUGGGCGUCCAGGGCGUGGUGGGAGGCACGCCGGCCACGCCCUCUGCCUCCGGUGGAUCCGCCGUCAAGCAACCCACUUGUCCGCACUGUGGGUCGGGCUCGAUCGAGACGGAUGCGGCUCGCGGCGAUGCCGUGUGCACGGAUUGUGGGGCCGUACUCGAGACGUCGCUCAUCGUGUCGGAUAUUCAGUUCGAAGAGAACGCCCACGGCGGCUCCAACGCCAUUGGCCAGUUCGUGUCGGCCGAUCAGAAGGGCGGGGGCGGGUUGGGCUUGAGCGCCUUGGGUGGGCGGGGUCACAUUUCCGGGGUGGGUCGGGAAUCGCGGGAAAUCACGUUGCGCAACGCGCGUAAUAAGAUCCGAGCAUUGGGCCAACAGUUGGCUUUGCGCCAAGACCGCAUUGAGAUGGCCUUUAAUUUCUUCCGCAUGGCCUUGAGUCGGAAUUUGACGCGCGGUCGGAAAUCCACGCACGUGAUCGCGGCUUGCGUCUAUAUUACGUGUCGCACGGAAGGCACGUCGCACAUGCUCAUUGACUUCUCGGAUAUCCUGCAAAUCGACGUGUACGAGUUGGGUCGCACGUACUUGAAGUUGUCGCAAGAGUUGUGCAUCAACAUUCCGGCCAUGGACCCGUGUUUGUACGUGAUGCGAUUCGCGCACAAACUCGAGUUCGGCGACAAGACGCAUGAAGUGUCCAUGACAGCCUUGCGACUCGUGUCGCGCAUGAAGAAGGAUUGGAUUCAUUUCGGGCGGCGACCCUCGGGUUUGUGCGGUGCGGCCUUGCUCAUCGCGGCUCGCUUGCACACCUACAACCGCACCGUAGGCGACGUCAUCAAAGUGGUCAAGGUCCACGAAAGUACACUCCGCAAGCGACUCAACGAGUUUGGCGAGACCCCCGCCUCUCAAUUGACCUUGGACGAGUUCAUGAACAUCGAUUUGGACGCCAUGACCGAGGAGCAAGACCCGCCCUCCUACAAAGCCGCGCGGAAACGCGACCGCGAGCGCUUGCAACAACUGGAAGCCGAAGACGGCGAUCUGGACGAACAGAUCACCGAGCUUGAGCGCAUCAUCGAGCGCGAGUUGGCCGAAAAGCGCGCUCGUUUAGGCGGUCCGUAUGCCCGUUUGGCCCGCGCAACUAGUCCCACCCCUUCAAAUCAAAGUGACACCCUGGAUGAUGAAGAGCGCGAUGCGGAGCAAUUCAUCACCGAGCAGACUUUGGGCUCCAUCUCGGAGAUUGUCAAUCCUGAGGCCUCGUCCGACAGUGCCUUGAUGCCCCCGCCCCCGGGUUCUUAUGGCAAGUGUCGACCCAUCGAGAGUCCGGGCUUAGGCCUGAAAGACACCAUUCAAGAAUACCUCAUGCCUUCGCCGUCCAGUUCCACGCACUCCUCGUACUCAUCCAUGAACUCGGCCAAAAAGGAAGAGGCCCUUCAUGGGGAGGCCGACGUUGAGGAGGAGUUGGAUCUGGACGGUAUCGAUGAAGACGAAAUCGAUAGCUACAUCAUGUCAGAGCACGAAAUCAAGUUCAAAACCGAGAUGUGGCUCAAAGUGAACGCCGAGUAUCUGAAGGAAAAGGCCGAGAAAGAGGAACGUGAGCGCAAAGAAGAAGAGGAGGCCCUCAAGGAAGGCCGUGAGAUCAAGAAGAAAAAGAAGACGCCCAAGAAGCCCAAGGUGAAUAUGGGCGGCAAUCAAACUGCGCUCGAGGCCAUCGAGAAAAUUGUGCAGGAGAAAAAGAUCUCGACCAAAAUCAAUUACGAAGUCUUGCGCAGUCUCAAUAUGUCCUACACUCCCAUGAAACCUGGGGGUGAUGGUGAAGCCGACGAUGAAGAAGACGCAACUGAAUCCGCUCAUCCAUCCACCCCCACCUCUUCAUCGUUAAAAACCACUCCCAAAAGUGCCAGUGACCAACAUCCCAAUACCAAAAGUAGAGACAGUAACUCGCUCUUUGGCCAAUCGCCCAUUACCACUCCCGCAGCCAUUUCUCAAGUGUUAUAUUCAUCCGGAGCUGAUGAACCUCCGAAGAGUUCGGGUUCGGCUAGUCGGAAACGUAACGCCGAUGAUUCCAAAAGCUCUUUGUCACGGACCAAAUCGUCGAAGAAGUUGAAGCCCGAGAAGAGCAAAGCUCUCGAACCUGAGCCCAUUGUUGAGACUGGACCCGUGGAACCGGUUCCUUUGCCCGAAGACGAGGAAGAGGAAUUCCACGAGGAAGAGGAAGAAGAGGAGGACCUGGAACCCGAGGACCAGAUUUUAUCCGCGGCAGAAUUGCUCUCCAAACACCGUGGCGAUGACGGUCAGCCCGACGAGUAUUACGGCGAAGAAGAGGACUACUACUAACGAACCAAUGCAGAGAUGGAUCAGAUUUUGAAAUAUGCAUAUUAACCAUGCUGACGUUAUUGACAUAAUUAUAAUAAUAAGUGCCACCAGAAACUCGGACUACUAGUAUAGGGAUUUAGAUACUACCAUUGUUACGCCUUUCUGUCUUUCUCUACCCCCAUCUAGA